GAUCAAGGUCUUUAAAAUACUCUAAAUAGUUUACCGACUGUUAAAUAUAAUGUUUUCUUACUGGAGCAAACAGAAUAUAUCAAGCUCAGUAGACGGAAAAAAGACGGACAAAGUUUCAACCAUGAGAAAAAAAAAUUUAACAAAAGUUGAAAUGGAAAAAAAAGAAACGCUUUUGCCGAUUGCUCUGGAAUUUCAAGAUUUCCUUAAGCGCGUACAGACGUUACAAAUGUCGCACAACGAAAGUCACGAUUUAGUCAAUGGACCAAAUAUCUGCAGUUCCAUGGAUAUUGAAGUCGGGGAAGAACCUCCUACGACAUCUUUUACCGAUAACAUAGAUAAAGCGUGUCCUUCACCAGUUCUGCGAUCAUCUGAUUGUGAUUGUGUGCCACUUUGUAUGACAAACAUUCGUGUAACAGUUGGUAUUGACAAAGACUUAGAAAUGAUUCUUGAAAUGGAUCCAAGUAUUGUAGAUUUGGGUGAUAUUGCUGAAACUGCAGAGCCGCGCAUAGUGGGCUUACCUCCACUUUCGGGUGGACCUACAUUUAAAACUGCUACUCCCACUUCACGAACACAACUAAAACUGCAGCUACAACGGGAACAACAACAACAAAUGAUGAUACAACAACAGACUCUAGACACUGCUAUGGACCCAAAAAUGCACCUAUUGUUUGGCAGUGGGCAGGGGCUCAUGGAAUCGGAAUUCAUUGACAGCGGUAGUACCAGUGCUUGUGGCAGCGGGUCAUCCAGUUUAGAACAAAUGUCUCAGUUAGUGCAAAUGGACAAUUUAAUUGAAUCGUCAAGUGGAGCCAAGCUUAAAGUUCCUCUUCAAAGUAUAGGAGUAGAUGUGCCGCCCCAAGUGCUGCAGGUCAGUACAGUGCUUGAAAACCCCACAAGGUAUCACGUUAUCCAAAAGCAAAAGAAUCAAGUGAGACAAUAUCUCAGUGAAUCCUUUAAGCCGUCUAUAUGGGGCAGUCAUACCAGCGAAAUAAAAUUAGCAAAUAAUUCGGUGUCAACGGUAAAUCUUCAAAAUUCAUCUUUACAGAAAGAUAUUUGCGACCCAUUGGAGCGUACAAACCGAUUUGGAUGCGAUUCGGCUGUGAGUGCUAAAAGAAUUAUGCCUUCCGAUGACGCAAUGCCAAUUUCCCCAUUCGGUGGUAGUUUUGUACGAUGUGAUGACAUAAAUCCAAUUGAGCCAACUAUAUUUGGACCUAAUAAUCAUGGUUCUGGGGAACCAGAAAAUGCAAGAACCGCCCAGUUGGGACUUAUUAAAGCUAAUUCAAGCCUAAGCUUAACGCGUUCUUCUUCAGGGAUUGUUAAUUCAAUUCGAAUUUCCAGUACAUCAAGUUCGUUACAGUCUACCUCAGCUCCUAUUUCGCCGAGCGUAAGUUCGGUUGCAACGAGUGUCUCUGAGCUACCAUCAUUCGACAGCGAUCCAGAUGACAUCUUUGAUGAUAUUUUACAAAAUGACUCUUUUAACUUUGAUAAAAACUUCAACUCUGAGCUUUCAAUUAAACAGGAACCUCAAAAUUUAACUGAUGCUGAAAUGAAUGCCCUAGCCAAGGACAGACAAAAGAAAGACAACCACAAUAUGAUUGAGCGAAGGCGACGCUUUAAUAUAAAUGACAGAAUAAAAGAGCUUGGUACCCUUUUGCCAAAGGGCAGUGAUGCUUUUUACGAAGUGGUUCGAGAUAUUCGUCCAAAUAAGGGGACAAUAUUGAAGUCCUCUGUUGACUACAUUAAAUGCUUGAAACAUGAAGUGACUCGCUUAAGACAAAAUGAGUUACGUCAACGUCAAGUAGAGUUACAAAAUCGAAAGCUCAUGUCUCGAAUAAAAGAAUUGGAAAUGCAGGCCAAGUCCCAUGGAAUUACGUUAUCAGAAAACCACUUAACAUCACUAUCAGCGCCUACUCAACCUUAUCUUAAAAGUUUUAGCCUGUCGCCUACUGCUUCUCGGAGUCGUCGAUCACUAUUUGACAAACCUGUUGAAAAAAAAUAGGUAGAGGACAGCACUGCUGCCAGGAAAAAAGAAAGUUAAUUCUUAAGCUAAGAAAGGAAGGAAAAACGUAUAAGCCCAUUCAAAAAAACCUUGAAGGUUCUGCCAAAAUGGUAUCCAAUGCCAUUAAAUAUGAAUGGAAGACCGAUAUAGACAGAUAUAGAGGAUCGACGCAUAGUUCGUUGCAGCAAAGUCUAUCCAUUUCAUCCUUUAGGGACAUAAAGACUAAGCCGAACUUGGGAAUCAGCCACGUUACAAUUCGGAGACGACUACUGAAUCAGAAUUUAAGUGCGAGGAGUCCACGAAAGGUGUUCCUACUUAGCCCAAGGCAUAAUGUUAAGCCUCGCUAAAACCUACCUAAACUGGCCAGUCUCCAAAUGGCUUAAUAUCCUUUGGACUGAUGGAUCAAAAAUAGUGCUAUUUGGUGGAAAUGGUUCACUACAGUAUAUCUGACGACCUCCAAACACGGAGUACCACCCAAAACAUCCACUGAAGACUUUCAAUCAUGGUGGACCUAAAAUCCUGGUAUGGGCUUGUUUUUUUUACAAUGGUAUGAGUCCAUAACAUAUGAUUUUUGAUUUUACAGACCAAAACGCAUAUGUAAAUAUACUUAGUGAUGUCUUACUGUCAUAUGCUGAACAGAAUAUGCCCUUAAAAUGGACGUUCCAACAUGAUAAUGAUCCGAAACAAACAAGCAAAUCGGCUAAGAAUUGGUUCACCCAAAAUAGAAUAGAUUUAAUGCCGUGGCCAGCACCAUCUUCCUAAGUAAGCCCGUUUGAAAACCUCUGGGGGACAUUAAACAAUUUUUGUCGAAGAACUCCCCGACGUCUAAGGCGCAGAGUUGUGCAGGAUGCAUGGUCAAAAAUUCCUCCCAAACGUUGCCAGGACCUGGUUUACUACAUACCGCGUGGGUGUAAGGCUGUGUUGGCUAACAAAGGCUAUCCAACCAAGUAGUAGGUCCUAAUUAACACAUUAAAAAAAAAACGUUCUAAGUCGAGCUGAAUUUUGUUACUAUUUUUUCAUAGCACUGCUUUUUCAGUGAACAAUAAAAGUGAAACGAUUGUUGAAUUGCUUAAAAUGAAUUACCAAAUGAUAUUGUAAAAAAAUUUGACCAUUAAAACUGUAUAUCAUAGGAAUUUUAUAUCUUAUGCCCGCAGGUCCCACGCACUGCUAUUUUUAUGAACACAGCUGUAUAUGCAAAAUGAGCAAUAUUUUUUGGAUUGUCACAGAAAUCCCUUGUACCAAAAUUAUUUUAACAUUUUAUCGUUAGCAGUUCAUAAAAGAUAAAAGUUAACAUAAAAUAAGCAAGAUAGAUAUAAAAUCUUGUAUUAAUGUUUUUAUACAUGUAAGUUUGCGACAUUAAACAAAUUUCACAACAUUUUCGGUAAGCCUUAAUUCCAAUAUAUUAAUUGGACAUACGGUUGCUAUACCCUUGCGGAAGAAAAUAAUGUAUUUUUUAAUCAGCCCCAACGCCGUGCUUUUUACCCAUAAGUGAUAAACCUUUAUAUUAUCAGACUGUCGAUCAUCCGUUUUUCCGCAGCCUUUCCAAUUCCUAUUUAUAAUGUUUUUACCCAGGCAAAUUGCACUGAUUUGAAUUAAUAAUUUAUGUUUUUUUUAAUAUAUUAGUAUAAGGGGAAUCCUACUUAAAUUUAAGUUGGAUUACUCUGUAUGAUAUACAUAUAACUGGAAUAAAAACGAUUUAAAUAAUCGGAGUUAA